AUGGUGUCGUACCGGUCGGUACUUCAGACGGUGGAGGCGGCGCUGGGGCCUGACGGCCGGCGGGGCAAGCAGCUAACGGCAGCGCAGCGCGGCGACCUCUUUUACGCGCUCUCGCUCGUCGAAGAUGACCUCAGAAACCUCCUGGUAAAGAAGCCGCGAGACGAGCAGCAGCGGUUGCAGGUGCGCAGCAAGGAGGUGCCGCUGCCGGACGGCCCUCCUGCUGUGCUGGACACUAAGGACGUGCAGCUGGCGUUGCAGCUGAGCGAUGCGUUUGACAUCAACGAGGUGGACUGUGUGGCGCUGCUCGUGGCGGCACACCAUGAGUGGGGCAUAGCAGGGCGGGCGGACAGUGACGUGGUGCGGCUGGCGGCGGGGCUGUGGUUCACAGAGAGGCGUGCGCUGCUCUCCACGCUCUUCCUCCUCCUCAAGGUAGCAGUGGUGGACGACAGUGCAUCAGACCCUCUCCUUCUAGACCACGUGCGUCGCUACCUGCGCUUGCUUCUCCAAUCAGGCCUCACCGCCCGUCUCUUCCGCCUGCUUCGGGAGCUCAACCGACCCGAUGCCUCUGGUUCGGCCUUCUCCGCCCCGAGCCUCUCCCCCUCCCGAACCUCCGCCCGAGGCUCGGUUGCAGCAGCGGCCCUGGCGGCAGGAGGCUCGGGAGAGGAGGUGGUUGGGGAUGAGGUGGCGGUGGCUCGGGAGUGCUUAAAAGACGAGACUUUGUUAAGUGCCACGACGCUGCUGCUGCAGCACGUGUUGUCAUCUGCGGUGUUUGAAAACGACGAUGAGGAUUUAACGUUCACUUAUAUGGUCUACACCCACAAGCUCCUCUCGUGCUUCUUCCUCCAGCCAAUCACGCGCGAGCGAAUCCGGGAGCUGCGCCACGCCUCCCUCUCCCUCCCUUUCCUCCCCGCCACGUCAUCGUCCGGCCAUCCAGCUCACGCUGACGUGGACAAGGCUGCGCGCUUAGCUGGCGCGUACCCCCACAGCAUGGGUCGUGGCGUGGCCCGCAGCUUAGAGGAAGAAGACGAAAGAGAGCAGAGGCAGCAGCAGAGGGAGGAGGCAGAGGCGCAGGAGCAGGUGGCAGUGAGGGGGAGGGCGUAUCUGGGGCUGCUGCAACUGGUGGGGGCGGUGUAUGCGCGCCAGCCGGAGCUGAUGGCGGGGGCCGGUGUGCUUUGGCAGUUUGUGAUGUAUGUGGGAGAGGAGCAUAGGGGGGCGGCGUCGCUGGUGGCGUUUCUGAACCUGCUGGCGCAGCUGGCCACAGGAGAGGAAGGUUCUCGGCAGGUUCACGAGCUCAUGAAUGGGCGGCAUCUGCGAUCAGUCAGCUGGCAUGCGCUGAUGCAAUCAUUGCAGGCAUACGACGAUCGCCUGCGCCAAGCCUUCCAGGACCCCUCUCUGCCAUACGCCCAUCACCACCACCACCACCACCACCAUCACACGUCUCUCUUCCCACCAGAGGACGCAGCAGUCCUAGAGGCCUACCUGCACUGCCUGCACCAGGUGCUCCGCCACUCCCCCCCGCCCCUGCGCACGCGCCUCUUCUCCGAUGCGUUCUUCGACGCCCUCUUCCGCCUGCUCCCCCACGCUGCCGUCCCGCCCGCCCUCAAGGGCGCCCUCCGCUCCGCCAUCGCCGCCUUCCUCGGCGCCCCCGCCACCGUCGCUGCGCUUACCACCACAGCUGCUGCUGGUUCUGUUGCCGUGGCUGCAGGAGGGGUCGUUGGUGCUGCUGGUGGGGGUGCUGGUGGGGCAGCAGCAGGGGACUUGAUGGCGAUUGCAGCAGCUGCGGCGGGGCUGACGGGGGCGGCGGCGGCAGCGCUGGCGGCACGGACAUGGGCACUGGAGGAGUUUUACGACCUGCCGCCCUCGGCUUCUGCGACGCUGGAAGAGCAACAGCGCCCCUCUACAGCGCCGUACGACAUGGGAAUGGAGCUGAGCGAGGUGGAGGCGAGGGUGGAGGAGUACCCCUCAACGCUCUCCUACCUGCAGCUGCACAACACGCUUCUCGGCCUCGACCCGCUCUCCCGCCCCUCUAGGUUUCUCGACUAUUUCCGGUUCGUGACCGCCAGUGUGUUUGUGCCGUACACGCGUCGCGUCUAUGCCAAGGCGGACGAGAUGUGGCACCUGCUGCUCGCCUCGCUCUCCCUCUUCCACCUCGCCCUCCUCCUCCUGCAACGCUCCCCCCUCCCCUCCGCCCCUCCACUCUCUGCGCUCUCUGCUGCUGCCGCGUCUUCAGCCAAUGGGCUGCUGCCAGCUGGCGCCACACCAGGGCUGCUGCUGAUGAAGGACUUCCUAUCAGCGGGCCCUGCCCUGCGAAACAUCAUCGCCAUCAUAGCAUCAGGCCCCGAUUCCCUCCUAGAAGAGCGCGCCCUGCGCCCCCAGGCGCUCUCCUUCGCCCUGGAGGACACCGUCGCCGCCUGCCUGCGCCUGCUGCUGCUCGCGCUCUCCCUCGACCAAUCGCUGGCCGACACCUGGCAGCCCGCCGUGCGCCCGCUGCACCUCGUGCUGGCGGAGGACGUGGCGCUCGUGACAGCUGUCAUGUCCUUCGUGCGCUACCAGCCGUCCGAUGCCAUCCAACGGUCGGCGAUCGAGCUCACGAGUGUCUUCAGCAAGGGGGACAAGCUAUUGGUGGAGGAUUUUGCAGAGUGCCUUGACGUCAGCGCCAGCAGUGUGACUGUAGAGGGCGCUGGUUCUGGCACUAGUGCUGGUGGUGUGACUGUGGAUGGGGGAGGCGAGGGGGAGGGAGGUGGGGAGGAGGGUGAGCACUGUGCAGACAGAUUGUGCCACGCUCCUUCCUCAGUUUUCGGUUUAUGCGUCUACUUGCUCCCACAACUUUCCCGUUUCCCAAUUCCCUAUGCUCCGCGCCUGCAGCCCCCCACUCUGGCGCACAUGCUGCUGGGCUUUGAUGUGGACAGGCCCCUCGCUGCCUCCCUGCUGCAGCCCAACCGGCGGUUCAGCGCCCUCCGCAUUCUCCUUGACCUCGUGCUCUCCACAGCAGCAGAUGCCGACACCGACGCUGACCAAUCAGACUCCCCCGGCCCUCCACGUGUCAGCCUGCGGUUGGCGCGCCUGCGUGAGAUGAGCGUGCGAGUGCUCUACCACCUGGCAGCAGACCCCGCCACGUCAGCACCCACGGCAGUGCUGCUGCAGGCGAAGCCGCUGAGCUUUUUCGCUCCGCUGCUCUCCUCUGCGCUCACAGCACCUCUCCCUCGCCGCAGCAGCAGCCCCGGUCACCGCGUGGCCGCCCUGCAUGAGCAACAUCAUAUUUUCCCUGUGCGAUCCUGGUGCGAUCUCAUUCUUUCUUGUGCUUUCCCUCCCUCAUCUCCCCCGCCAAACACUUCUAACCCCUCGCUCACUUUCCCUCUUUUCUACAACCCUCGCCCCUCCCUGCAGCGCGCAUGGCUAAUGAAGCUGCUCGCCCUGGCCCUCCACACAACGCCAAGUUUUCAUCUGUUCAGCUCAUCGCUAGCACACUCUCUUAUCCACCACUUCCUGCUCUACCCCCCCAUCCCCACCUUCCCUAUGCACCCGUCCCUGCAGCGUGCGUGGCUGCUGAAGCUGCUCGCCCUGGCCCUGCACACAACGCCCCCUGCCCCGCAUUCCCACAAGCACCACCACUCGCACAGCACCGCCCAUUCGCCCCUCUCUCACCCCUCUCCCCCAUGUGCCCCUCCCUGCAGCGCGCAUGGCUAA